AUGAGACAGAGACAAUGGAUGGAGUUCUUGAAAGACUUUGACUUCGAGUUGUUGUAUCAUCGGGGAAAGGCGAAUGUGGUGGUUGACGGCUUAAGUAGAAAAGCAAUUCACGCAUCUCAUAUGAUGGUCAAGGAGUUAGACUUGGAAAGGCAACUAUCUGACCCCAAGCUGCAGAGGAUAGUGGCAUUGCUUGGCACCGAGAAAGCCAAAGACUUCAUGAUAGGAGGUGAUUGGGUGUUAAGGUUCAGAGACAGGGUUUGCAUACCUAAAGACUUAGAGGUGAAAGGUAUGAUUCUUGAGAAAGGACACAAAAGCCAUUUUAGAAUGCACCCAGACAUGACUAAAAUGUAUCAUGAUCUGAAGGAGUCUUUCUGGUGGUUGAGCAUGAAACAGGAUGUUGCUCGGUAUGUGUCGUCGUGCUUGACCUGUGAGAAGGCUAAGACAGAGCAUCAGAGACCUGGAGGGAUGCUACAGUAG